AUGGCGGACAAUAGUAGAAAGCAUCCGGUGGUGCUGUAUAUCCACGGAGAAAGCUACGACUGGGGCAGCGGAAAUCCGUACGACGGCAGCGUGCUGGCCAGCUAUACAGACCAAGUGAUCGUGACGAUGAACUACCGGCUGGGCGUGCUUGGUUUCCUCAACGCCAAUAUGGCGCCCCAGACCAAGGCGAGGGUCGCGAAUUACGGGCUGAUGGAUCAGAUCGCGGCGCUUCAAUGGGUCAAAGAGCACAUCGCCCUGUUUGGCGGCGAUCCCAACAACGUGACGCUGAUGGGUCAAGGAACUGGAGCCGCUUGUGUUCAUUUUCUCGCCAUCAGCCCGACGGUCGUGCGUGGGUUGUUCAAACGAGCCAUCCUACUGUCAGGCAGCGCUCUAUCGUCGUGGGCAGUUGUCGAAGACCCUGUUUCUUACGCUAUGAAGCUCGCCAAGGCAGUCAACUGCUCGAUCCCCGAGGAUUUGCUUAAGGACAACGAAUUAAUUGUCGACUGUCUCCGAGACCGAAGUCUGGACGAGCUGAUGCAGGUCGAUAUUCAACCACCGACGUUUUUGAGCGCGUUUGGACCAAGUGUCGACGGUGUAGUGAUCAAGCCAGACUUCCAGAAAGAUCUGCUGUCGUACAUGGGCCCGGAGUUCCAAGGAUUCGGACCACUGCCAAAGAAAGCUGAACACGGUGCUCCGAUCACAAGUAACAACAAAUACGAUUUGUUAUUCGGUGUAACUACCAGCGAGGCAUUAUGGAAAUUCGCGGAAAAGGAUGUACAGCAAGGAUUCGAGGGCGAGAGAAGGGACAGAAUAAUUAGGACGUACGUGCGAAACGCGUACGUGUAUCAUCUGACGGAGAUAUUUUACACGGUGGUGAAUGAAUACACCGAUUGGGAACGUACAGUGCAGCAUCCAGUGAAUACGAAGGACGCCUGUGUCCAAGCACUAAGCGACGCCCAGUUCGUGGCUCCGUUAGUGCAAACUGGCGACCUGUUCACUCUAAGGCACACGAAGAAACCGAAUAACCCUCACAUCGCGCCGAUCCCAGAAAGCGAAAAGGAACCACUGCCAAAGACCUAUUUCUACGUGUUCGACUAUCAGAUGAAGGAUGGAGACUAUCCUCAGAAGAUGGGCUCUGUCCAUGGCGAGGAAUUGCCAUUCGUGUUCGGAGCGCCAUUGGUGGACGGUUUCGGUCACUUUCCCAGAAACUACACCAGAUCUGAAGUGGCACUCUCCGAGAGCAUCCUACAGUACUUCGCCAACUUUGUCAGAACUGGGUGA